CAUUAUCUAGGUGAGCUCCUAGUUGGCAAAGGAUGGUCACGACGUCCACCAACUAGGACUCCAUAUUAACUAUCAUAGAUAAGAGGCAUUCAUUCACAUAUAAUCAAGAAAUAGCCUAAGCCAACCUAGUGCUAGAUCAUGCUAGACAAUCAUUCACACACUCAAACCAAGACAGAAGCCAUUAACAAUACCAAAUCAUUUACAUAUCAAACCCUAGGAUAGAGUUUGGGGGAAAGCUCAAGUACCUUAAAGUACGACCCCAUGAUUGGAGCGAGGAGAGCCACUCAAAGAAAGGAAGAAAUCAUAGAAAAUAUAUUCUCAUUAUGCAGAAAAUCAUUCUCUAAUCUCCUCUUUCUUCCAUUCUUUUCAUCUUCCUCGACAAGACGACUACUUCUCUCUAACCUUUCUCUAGGGUUUUAGAACUUUCAAAGUAUGUUUUCAAAGAGGGAGCAUCACUAUACUUAUAGUGGAUCGAAGACACGUGGAAAACUAAUGCGAGAUCGGGUUGGUAUAUUCUUCUUCAGGUUGUGAACUUGAAACAACAACGUCAUGAGUUGCUCGAGCGCUAAGAUCAUGGGCCAGACUGCGAUUACACUAAAUCGCAGUUUGGUGUUGUGUUUUAGCGUGUCAAGUUUUUGGCGUCGUUGUCGGGGAAAGACCAUUUUCCCCUACCUUUCAUUGAUCAGAUGCUGGAGAGGUUGGCUGGCCAUGAGUUUUAUUGCUUCCUGGAUGGCAUGUCUGGUUAUUUCCAGAUCCCAAUAGCACCAGAGGAUCAGGCGAAUACCACAUUCACUUGCCCCUUCGGUACCUUUGCUUACCGGAGGAUUCCAUUCUGGCUUUCUAAUGCACCGGCGACCUUCCAGAGAUGCAUGCUGGCGAUCUUCAACCGAAUGGUCGGAGAGAUCAUGGAAGUCUUCAUGGAUGACUUCUCGGUUUAUGGAGACUCCUUCACUCAUUGUCUCCAUAACCUGGAACUCGUUUUCAAGAGAUGCGAGGAGACUAAUCUGGCACUUUGUUGGGAUAAGUGUCAUUUUAUGGUCCGUGAGGGGAUUGCGCUCGGGCACAAGAUCUCCAAGCAAGGGAUUGAGGUAGAUUGCACGAAGAUUGAGACGAUCACUAAGCUACCUCCUUCCAUUUAUGUGAAGGGUAUUCGCAGCUUUCUGGGUCAUGCAGGCUUCUAUAGGAGCUUCAUUAAAAACUUCUCGAAGAUUGCCCUGCCUCUGACCAAGCUGCUGGAGAAGGAUGCACCAUUCCAGUUCACUCCUGAGUGCACAGCUGCAUUGGAGACAUUGAAGGAGAAGCUUACUCAUGCACCCAUCAUGGUGACUCCUGACUGGUCUCUUCCUUUUGAGAUGAUGUGCGAUGCAAGUGACUAUGUAGUCGCAGCAGUUCUGGGUCAGAGACGCGAGAAGCACUUCCAGCCCAUCUAUUACGAGUCAAAGACUUUGAACGAUGCACAGGGGAAUUACACCACCACUGAAAAGGAGCUGCUCGCGGUGGUGUAUGCAUUUGAUAAGUUCCGACCAUAUCUGGUGCUCUCCCAUGUGGUGGUCUACACAGAUCACUUGACGAUUCGCUAUAUGAUGAGCAAGGCUGAUGCAAAGAAGGAAGCUGAGAAUGUUGCUGUAGAUCAUUUAUCACGGUUGGAAGCCGCUCCGGUGGACAACUUCGUGGAAGAGAUCGAUGACUCCUUCCCGGGUGAGCGAUUGCUGGCGAUGACCUUGGUGGACAGUGUCACACCUUGGUAUUCUGACUUUGCCAAUUAUCUGGUGGGCAAGCAGCUACCGAAGGGGAUGGCCACUCAUGCAAAGCGCAAGUUCUUCUCCGACCUGAAGCAUUAUUCUGGGAAGAUCCUUACCUCUUUAGGGUCGGAGCAGAUGGCGUGAUCCGGUGGACAACUUCGUGGAAGAGAUCGAUGACUCCUUCCCGGGUGAGCGAUUGCUGGCGAUGACCUUGGUGGACAGUGUCACCCCUUGGUAUUUUGACUUUGCCAAUUAUCUGGUGGGCGAGCAGCUACCGAAGGGGACGGCCACUCAUGCAAAGCGCAAGUUCUUCUCCGACCUGAAGCAUUAUUUCUGGGUGUAUGGUUUCGUCUGUUAUUCCUAGGUGUAUUUCAAAUUUAAGAUAUUUGAAAUGGAUGUAUUUGAAGUACUACCAUUUGAAAUGGAUAUAAUUAAACAACGUUGUUUGGA